CGAGCGUCCAUACACAUCAUUAUUUCAAUGCAAGACGCACAUAUGAUCGAGUUUAUCCCCCAAGCAGUGUACUACACGUGGUUUCCCGAAGGCCACGCGCCUCGCUCCACGGCAGACGUCACGUACUUCUGCGUGGACCGGCAGCUGCUGUACACCAACUUUUAUCUGGACUUUGGACCGUUGAAUCUUGGCCACACGUUCGUUUUCAGCCAAGUGCUCAACCACGAACUGGCACGAGUGAAACCAUUGGGCAAGAAGCUCGUGUUCUACUCAUCCGCGGAUGGCAAGCGCAAGGCGAAUGCGAUUUGCAUCUUGGCCUGUUGGGGUAUCCUCUUCAACCACAUGACCGCCGACCAAGCGUACGCCCCGUUCCACACCGUCACACAGUCGCUGCCUCCAUUUCACGACGCGACGCCGUCCAUUUGCUUGUUCAAACUCUCCGUCUUGGACUGCCUUCGCGGCCUUGAAAAGGCAGUGCGGUUUCGCUUUGUCGACACUGCCACGUUCAACGUGGACGACUACCAGCAUUACGAGCAAGUCGAGCACGGCGACCUCAACUGGCUCUCCCCCAAGUUCAUUGCGUUCGCCGGCCCACACGACGUGUACCGCCACACCGCCGAGGGCUUCAUCUCGCUCACCCCCGAGCACUACGUCCCGUACUUCAAAUCGCACAAUGUUACGCUGGUUAUCCGGCUCAAUGAAAAACUAUACGACGAGUCGCGGUUCAAGGCCGCGGGCAUCGACCACCUCGACUUGUAUUAUCCGGACGGCGCCAAUCCCCCCGACGAGAUCCUCCAUCGGUUUCUUACGGCUUGCGAGGCCACGACCGGUGCCGUGGCGGUGCACUGCAAGGCUGGACUUGGGCGAACCGGAACCUGCAUUGGCGCGUACUUGAUGAAGCAUUACCACUUUACAGCCAAAGAGUGCAUUGGGUGGCUGCGGCUAUGUCGGGCGGGCAGUGUCAUCGGCCCCCAACAACAGUUUAUGGAAGCGAUUGAACCCCGCAUGUGGAGCUACAAGACGACCAUCAAUCGUGAUGACGUGGCAUCGUCAGAGAGACCACGCCACAGUGGAGAGCUGCAGAGUUCCCCGAGCAAGCCCAUACAGUCUACCCUUAGGAUUCUCAAGCCCUCUGCCACCCCCAUCACCACCAUGUCUGGGAAAUCGCUGCUCAAACAUAACAUGGCGCUGCCCCCGAAACUCGUCCCGGCGUCGUCGUCGGUUCUGCAUCUCCCCCCAACCUCCCCCAACAAAGCCACAGCCUUAAAAGCUACUUUGAGACUCAAUCUGUCCUUCCAAAGCCCCAAGCCCAUGUCAUUGUCCCCGACCAAACAAGCACAAAGCGCUUCGGAAGGCAGCCCGAUUGUCGAAUCCCCCAAAACCCAGGGGGACAACCUGCGCGAACUCAAGCACACUUGGGCGAAAAGUCCUACCCACAAGAGUCCCACUCAUGCCGCCGUUACGAGCAGCAGCUUUGGCGACCACAGCCCUGAAUAAGUCUGCACAUAACUAUUACCUUCUUAUGGUUUCGUUAUGCA